ACCCCUCCAUCUCCCCCUCCACCCUGUUCGCUGGGAUUGACAGGACGCUUGCAGCAGCAGCAGCAGCACCCCGAAAGAAGAAAAACAGAAUCGGGCGAAACUUGGAAGAAAUAGAGGGCUGGGAGGGGAAAGAAAGCGCUACAAAAAUAUAUAGACCUGCAGAAAAAUACAAACCUGCACCUUCAACCUUUGGCUCGCCGUUCCACCCUCACGUGCGCGGCUGCUCCAGAUUCUGCUCGCGCACUGUGUCCGGAGCGCGCUCUCUGUCACAACCGAGUGUGUUCUGCUGAGAAACGACCGAGCCCGGUGCGAACCGACAGCCUUUGACCAGAGAGGAUGGCUGACAGGGAGCAACUGAUCCAAAGAGCCCGUCUGGCGGAGCAGGCGGAGCGCUACGAUGAUAUGGCCUCCGCGAUGAAGCUGGUCACAGAACUGAAUGAGCCUUUGUCCAACGAGGACCGCAACCUGCUCUCUGUGGCCUACAAGAACGUGGUUGGGGCCCGGCGGUCAUCUUGGCGAGUCGUUUCUAGCAUAGAGCAGAAGACAGCGGCGGAUGGCAACGAGAAGAAAUUGGAACUGGUGCGUGUUUACCGAGAGACCAUCGAGAAAGAGCUGGAGUCGGUGUGCCAAGACGUUCUCACCCUGUUGGACCAGUACCUCAUCAAGAACUGUGACGAAACCCAGGUGGAGAGCAAGGUCUUCUACCUGAAGAUGAAGGGUGACUACUUCCGGUACCUGGCCGAGGUCGCCACCGGCGAAAAGAGGGCCUCUGCCGUCGAAUCGUCCGAAGGCGCCUACAAAGAGGCUUUCGAUAUUAGCAAGAGCAUGCCAGCUACCCAUCCCAUCCGCCUCGGCCUGGCACUCAACUUUUCCGUCUUCUACUACGAGAUCCAAAACACUCCCGAGCAGGCCUGCCAGCUUGCCAAGGAAGCCUUCGAUGAUGCCAUCGGCCACCUGGACAAUCUGAACGAGGACUCCUAUAAGGACUCCACGCUCAUCAUGCAGCUCCUGCGGGACAACCUCACCCUGUGGACCAGCGACCAGCAGGACAGCGAAGGAGGAGACGCCAAUAACUAAGAGAUCAGCCACUUCUAGCUGUAGUAGCUCCCGUCUAUCCCUUCUACACUGUCUUCUUUGAACCUGUAUCUUAUUUCUCUCUGUCUGCUCCUUCGUUCUCCCUCUCUCUUCUCCAUUCCAUCUUUUCUGUCUCUUUGUGACACCUCAAUGCUCUUCUUUGGUUCCUCAGGGCAGCACUUCAGACCCUUUAUUGCUCUCUCAACUCUUUUUACCCCUUUUCCACCAACAGGAUGCCGGUACCCAAACUGGAGCCGUUCCACUGCAGAAAAGGCGGUUCUGGGAUGGAAAAUGCUGUUGGCCUCUAAAACCUGCUUGUUUCAAACCUGGAUAAUGUCACUUGUCCAAGUUUAUUAAUACUAAUGCACAUGUAAAACCAAACAGCGCCUCUUCCAUUAUAACAUAUAAAGCAUUCAGUUGACGCAUGUUGUCAUUUUUUUCCUUAUACAGUACAUCACCUGUGAUGUACUUUGGAUGUUAAAAUGCAUUGCAAUUUGAAAAAUUCAUAAGUAAAAAUAAACUUGAAUAGAAAUGUAAUUAUUUACGAAUAUCAUACAUGCAAAUUGAUUGCUAGCAUACAGUAAAUUUGACCGCAUAAAUACAAUGAUUCAAAUUGCUUUGGAUGUUUGAAUGUACUAUUAAAAAACAAAUAAAUGAAAUGAUUAAAAAAUAUAUACACAAAUAGUUAUGUAUUAUUUGUGAUAUAAAGACACUAACUGACAUUAAUUUGGAUCAUUUAUAGCAUAUAAAAUAUCAUUUUAUGUUAAAUAUUUUGUCAUAAAUUAAUACUAAACAAGUUGCAUCAUUGUUCACCCUUUAAGCCAGUUCUGACACCAUUUUGGUGAAAAAGGGGGUAUUUAUCCACUUGUUUUCUCUGUUUUCCAACCUAUUACUCUCUUCCUGUCCUUGACCUCUUUUUCUGUAUAUGAUUCUCUUCUUUCUCCCCGCAACGAGUCGCUGAUAGCCUGCUGGUCUCCACAUGACAUUUAUUUAGUGUGUACUUAUAAGGACUCGAUCUUCGUGGAAACUCUGUAACACUUAUUACAGGAUGAGAUCUUACACCUUAUUACGUUGUUGUUCUUCUUCUUCACUUGUCUUUGAUCUGUACCUCCAUCCCUGCUUAGAUGUGUUUGUCUGUCGUUCCCCUAAGCUCACCUUGUACACCUUGCUAGCCCUGUGAACUUGUAUAUCUGCUGAUCUCACAACAGUAUGCUGUAAUCAAAAAUGUGGACGGCACUCUGUUAUGAGACGCGGUGAUCAAAAGUCUUUGAUUAGGAUUACAUAUGCAAGGUUAUGUAAGAAUGACAUUAAAGACAUUGCUUACCAUGGGAACUCUCAAAA